CAGGCUGGACGCGGAAGACGCCUUGCCACUGGCGCCAUCAUCGGCAUUGCUAUUGCCGGCUUUAUCUUUAUUGCUUUCUGGGUCCUAUGCUGCUACUGCUGCUGCUUCCGAAACAAACGUAAGCAGCGCGGUCGUCAACCGCAUCCAGUCGGCGGCGGAGGUGGAGGCAUGUUCUCUCGCUUCGGUCGCCAGCGCCGCGGCGGUCCGGCAAUGAUGGAGUCCGGCUACGGACACGGGCCAGGUUACGGGCAUGGUCAUCAAGGUCACCACGGCGUGGCGAGACCAGCACCAACACACGGUUACAGAUAA